AUGGGAUCGAAUGAGACUCCUUUGGUGCUCGCUGACUACGGAGGCGCGUCUUGUUGUGGCAAGGGCAUUAUUGACGACAAUGAUGAUGCGUCCAGGGGUUCUGCGGGCUCGGAAUUCAAACAAACGGAAGACUUCCUCGCAGCAGAAAUGAAUAAACUUUCUUUCCAGGAACGAAACAAGGCCCUGGAAGAUAUUCACUGUGUUGGAGAGGGGUUGAAAGAGGAUCCAGAAGUUGUGGAACUACACCUUCAGGAAUUUCAGAAAGAAGUUGAGAUCCUCCGACCAGAGACUCCAGUAUAUCAAGCCGCAGAAGCAAUCAACGCAGACUAUGUAAAUGAUCGAGGUUUUCGGCUGAGAUUUCUUCGUGCGAAGCUAUAUGAUGUGAAGAAAGCCGUGAACCAAAUGAUGAAGUUCCUCCAAUGCAAGGAAAAGUACUUUGGAAAAGAGAAACUUUGCAAGGAAAUUGACCUAUCAGACCUUACGGAAGAGGACCGAGAAUAUAUGCGGAAAGGCCCUUUUCACGUCCCAAAACAUAGAGAUAGAUCGGGAAGGGUGAUCCUUCAUAUGUUGAACACAAGACUUAGGCUUGGUACUGCCCAAAAUUUGAUACGUGUAAGCUUUUACGUUUUUUGGAAUUUGUUGACAGCUUUAGAGGACGUGCAGCUGAAAGGUGUGGUGAGCAUUUUCUAUGAUAUUCAGAAGCCCGGCGAACAAUCCGAACCGUUUGCUUUCAAAGAGGCGAUCGAAAUCAUGAGCAUGGCACUGACACUGCCGUUCCGCUAUUCGAGUCGCUUGUGGUGCCUCAAACCAAGGAAAAAGAGUUCUUUACUAAAUAACUCUAUUCUCGCAGUCUCGACGAAAUUUUUCUCGAGCUACAUUCGUGUGCGGACUCGGCUGAACUAUGGCUCCGAUUUGGAACUGCAGUACUAUCUUCAGAGUCUUGGCAUCCCAACCGACGAGGACUUUCCCGUUGACACAGGUGGCAACAUUCGUCAAGGUGUCAUAGACCGUUGGUUGCAAGGAGAAUGGGACAAAUGCAAGAAGGCUCCAGAGCCACCAGCAACGAAUCCUACCACUAUCAAGGCUGUGAACAAUGUCACAGCCGCAGUCCCCAACAAAGAGGAAACUGAUGAUAUGACAAUUGAUGUCAUCAACAAUAAUCUCCCAAACAUGCGAGUCUUGCCCGUCAUGGGAAAGAUUCUGGGCCCUCCGAUGUUCCAACCGGCGAUUAUUCAACCUUGGCCUAGCGAUGUACUUUUCGGCCGUGGGGUCGGUUGUCAGAACCACCCUGGCAACGUUCGAUUCCGAGAGAUAAUGGAUGGCUACAAAGAGCAGUAUGACAAUUUUCCAAGAUCGAAACGGCGAAUAGUUAUGGCCAAUUUACGCGAAGGUUUGAAAUCUAGUGGGACCCGAUUCCUGCGGAUGAACAAGGGUGGAUAUUGGGAAGAGUGCAAUGCUGCUGAAGUUGACACGAAAAUAGGGCAGUACUUCAGAUCACUGCGCAAGUUUAAGAAGGAGAGUUUAAAAUCGGCUUAA